GCUUCUUUUGCCUAUAACAACCGUACAUAAACAUUUGUUAUUGCCGCUCGAAGUAUUAUUAUCUACUUGAAAGCGCUGAGUUCGCACAUAUUCAAUUAAAAUUGGUUGAAAUUCAAAAAAAAUGGAGGACAGUACUAUGCCGAGCAGUUGCAACUUUUUAAAAGAUCCACUUUCAAUAGGCGAUCUAAUUGGCCCUGGCACAACAUUUGAGAUAAACACGAAUUUUGAUGAGGGCUUCAGUAAUGAUAUAUUCGACGAAUUAAAUUUGGGUUCCGACGAGGAGGAUGAUGAAAAGACCUCUAUAGAUCGUUCUACUUUGGUUUCGCCAUGGACAAAAACAUUUGAUGAGCUACGCAAACAAAUGGUUGAAGUAAAUGAGCACAUUUACAAAAAAAUAACACAACCAGGCCUACCUGAAGAGGGUGAAGUACCGUUAAACGCGCGUGUUUGCAUACGCUACAAUGCAUAUUGGGAGGGUGAAGGUGCACCAUUUGAUUCAUCAUUUUUACGUGGCUCUUCAUAUCAUUUCUACACCGGACGCAAUGAGGUGAUCGAAGGUUUAGAGGCGGCAGUGCGUACAAUGUAUCGCGGCGAACAAGCACAAUUCGUCAUAUCAUAUCAUUUACUAUUCCGUGAAUUUGGCUGCCCACCGCGUAUUAAACCACGCGCAGAUGGUCUAUUUAUUAUAGAGUUGGUGUCAUUUAAUCUCGUUGGCGAUUUGGAUGCAGAUCAGAAACUCACAGAAGAAGAACGUGGCAAAUAUGCGACUGUAAUUGACAAAAUACGUGAAGUGCAUUUGAAAGGCUUGGAUUUCUUCGGACAGAGUUUAUAUAAGAAUGCAUGUCGUGCUUUUGAAAAGGCAGUAAGCAUGCUAAACAGUUGUCAUUUGGCCAACGAGCAGGAGGAGAAAGAGCAAGCUGCAUUUUUGUUAAAAUUAUACACGAAUUUGGCUGUUUGCUAUAAUAAAACCAAUACACCGGCUAAAGCGUGCAUCAUGUGUAAGGAAAUACGACAACUAACGAAUAAUAAGCCAUCCUGUAAGGCGUUAUUUCAAGAAGGACGUGCCCUACUCUUAUUGGGAGAAUAUGAGCGCGCACGAACCCUUUUGAUACGCGCACAAAAUAUGGAACCACAAAAUGAUGAUAUUAGCAAAGAGAUGAAACUGCUGGAGGAACGUUAUGCGCGUUACAAAGCCAACGAGCGUAGCAUUUGGACCAAAGCUAUGGGCAUUGUAAAGAAGAAAGAAGGCGACAAGUCAGCAAACGCCAAUGAGGCGCAAAAUAUUUUCGAGCAAGAAAUGGCCGAGUUGAUGGAGAAUUUUAAGCAUAAUUUGGAUUUGAAUAACUUCAAUUUGCCACCGGGUCUAACCAAAGCCGAAAUAUGCACAGUGGAUGAGCUUGCCAAGAAAAUGGAGUUGAAACUAACACUGUCACCGCUUGAUAAUGCCACCUAUACGCUAAGUAAGGUUAUAAAGGCAACAUAAAUGCCAAUGUAGCAAGCUAAAGCGUUUCGAAUAUUAUCUGACUAUUAAAUACGUAUACUCGUAUAUAUAUAUAUAUAUAUAUAUACAAUAUAUAAAAGUUUUUAGUAUCUAAAAGAGUGUCACUUAUAAAUACCAGACUUUCCAUAUGAUUUUAACUUGUUAUGCUCUCAGAAAUAUUACUUUUAGACACAAUUCGAAAAUGUAAAUCGGUUUCUGUCGAAUUUAAAUAAGAAUUGCUCAGGAAUAAAUCGUAUUUAAUAUGUAUGUACAUAAAAAUUAUUGUAAAACAUGUAUGUAUGAAUGUAAAUAUUACCAAAAAGCUCCACAAUAAACGUUGAAGUAAAGAUAAAAAA